AUGUCCUUGUCAACCACCAUCACGACCCCUACUGUCACAUAUGAACAGCCCCUGGGUUUGUUCAUUAAUAACAAAUUCGUCAAGGGCUCCGAAAGCAAGACCUUUGAGACCAUCAAUCCGACCAACGAGAAAGUCAUUACAGCCGUGCACGAAGCUACAGCGCAAGACGUCGACAUCGCUGUCAAGGCCGCUCGUGCCGCCUUCGAGGACACAUGGCGCCAGACAACCCCGACGGAACGCGGUCGCCUGCUCGUCAAGUUGGCAGAUCUUUUCGAGCGAGAUAUCGAAAUAUUGGCGGCCAUCGAAGCUCUGGACAAUGGAAAGGCUGUGUCUAUGGCCAAAGGAGAUGUCCAAAACUCCCAGGGCUGCUUGCGAUAUUAUGGUGGCUUUGCCGAUAAGAUUCACGGCCAGACCAUUGAUACAGAUCCCAAUAGCUUGACCUAUACCCGGCAUGAGCCUAUUGGCCUGCUCAUGUGGGCUUGGAAAAUCGGCCCUGCGAUAGCUACUGGAAAUACAGUUGUGCUCAAGACCGCGGAGCAAACGCCCCUGUCAGCUUUAUACGUUGCAAAAUUGAUAGUGGAGGCAGGAUUCCCCCCUGGUGUUAUUAACAUUUUGUCUGGAUUCGGCCGUGUCGCUGGAGCAGCUAUUUCCAGUCAUAUGGACAUAGAUAAAGUCGCCUUCACGGGAUCUACUGUGGUUGGUCGUGCGAUUAUGAGGGCGGCUGCUGACAGCAACCUAAAGAAGGUCACACUCGAGCUAGGGGGGAAGUCACCAAAUAUCAUCUUCGAUGAUGCUAAUAUCGACGAGGCCAUUUCCUGGGCCAAUUUUGGUAUCUUCUUUAACCACGGCCAAUGUUGUUCUGCGGGAUCUCGUCUGCUCGUCCAGGAGGGAAUUUACGAUAACUUUGUUGCCCGGUUCAAGGAACGUGCGGCUGAAAACAAACUAGGGGACCCUUUCAAGGAGGAUACGUAUCAGGGUCCCCAAGUCUCACAACUCCAAUUUGACCGAAUCAUGGAUUACCUCGAAUCUGGUAAGAAGGAGGGGGCUGUGGUGGCCACUGGUGGUAGUCGUCAUGGCUCAAAGGGAUACUUCAUCCAACCGACCGUGUUUACAAAUGUCACCUCCAAUAUGAGGAUUGCCCGAGAGGAGAUCUUUGGCCCUGUAGUUACAAUCCAGAAGUUCAAGGACGAGGCCGAGGCGAUCAAGAUUGGAAACAACACAGCCUAUGGACUUGCUGGAGCCGUCUUCACACAGAAUGUGAAGACAGCUGUCCGCAUGUCAAAUGCUCUCAGAUCCGGAACUGUAUGGAUCAACAGUUACGGCAACCUAUCCUAUCAAGCACCUUUUGGGGGCUUUAAAGAGUCAGGUAUCGGCCGCGAGUUGGGCAGUUAUGCAUUGGAGAAUUACACCCAAGUUAAGACAGUACGCCACAAUUUGGAUGAUUCUGGAGCCCCUUAG